UGCAAAAAAGGAAAAAAAAAAAAAAAAAAAGAAAAGAAAAGAAAAUGACAACAUCGGCAGCCGAAAUUGCUACUGCUUCUUCGGAUGUUUUCGAAACGGGAAAUUACGAAGUGACGGAUAUAAAUGUGGGGAGUGGAGAUGCGACAAAACCACCAACGGAUCUAUUCAUCGUUUCCCCCGUUACGAAGGGCACAUACCCUGUCCUUCUCUUCUGCCAUGGUUUCUAUAUUCCCAACACUUGCUACACCACUCUCCUACACCACAUUGCUUCCCAUGGCUACAUCGUCGUUGCUCCUAAGUUCUACGGCCUCAUAAUCAUUUCCAUCGCCAAGGGAGUCAACAAAGCAUCCUUAGUGACAGAGUGGCUAUCCACGGGUCUCUCCUCUGUGCUCCCCGAAAACGUGAACGGAGACCUCGAAAAUCUCGCCCUCUCAGGCCACAGCAGGGGUGGUAAGACCGCUUUCGCCCUCGCAUUAGCAAGCACCGCACCGCCGCAAAAAUUCAAGGCGGUAAUCGGAAUCGACCCAGUGGCGGGCUCUGGCCCAUCCAUGCGGUCCGCCCCGAAGAUCCUCGAGUACAUACCUCGAUCUUUCGGCAUCACGACACCCGUGGCGGUGGUUGGCACUGGCUACGGCAAUCAACGGCUAGGAUUGAUCCCGCCGUUUGCCCCAAACGGAGUUAACCACUCCGAGUUUUUCAACGAGAGCAAACCGCCCGUUUGUUACUUUCUUGCCAAGGAUUAUGGGCACUGUGAUAUGUUGGAUGAUUGGAUAGCGAAGUUAGCGAGUUUCGUAUGUAAGAGUGGGGGAGGUGAUAGGGAUCUAAUGAGGAGAGGUGUAGGUGGUAUUGUUGUCGCGUUUCUUAGGUGUUAUCUAGGGGGUGACGGUGAUCUAAAUGGUAUUGUGGGUGAUCCUAGCGUUGCUCCUAUAACUUUUGACCCGGUUAUUUACGUCAAGGAGCAAAAAAAAAAAAAAAUAACAAUAUGGUGUUAUGUUAUUGUGCUCAAGGAUGUUGUACUUACUACCUUGUGAUAAUUAAAUAAAGAAUGUUGUACCUUGUGAUAAUCAAGCUUAUGUUUUUCUCUA